AGAAGGUGGAGUUUGCAGACUCCUAUCACUAUGUCUGCAUAUUAACUCAUUACAUUUGUAAACAGAGAGAGAGAAAGAGAGAGAGAGAGAGAGCGCUAACACCAGGGCUUCCAUUUGCGCUAGCUUUGGAUGUGUUUAGAUGUUGAUCUCAACACGCCAGCCGUGGCAUGUUAGCUCUGUAGCGGCUGGCUAAACGCCUCUCUCUCUCCAUCUUUACUGGAGUGUAUUAAAGGAGGGCGCGAGGACGGUGACUGAAAAGCGGCGGAAAUAAAAUCAAAACAGAAAAUCCUAAGCUAGCUGUCGUGCUAAUAGGCUGAUAAUGACUCGAGAGAAGAUGUAGCUUCAUAGAUAAAUAAAUGUUGACCAGGAGAGGAGCUGAAACUUCUGGACUUGUUUAUCUGUAAAAGUCAUCAGUCAUCUUUUCCUAAAUGGAGAAAAAGGAGAAGAGGCCCAGCUACUUUGCCAGGCUGAAGAAGAGGCGGCAGCUGAAGCAGGGCCAAUCAGAGAGAGCUGUGGGUAAGGACAACCAGUCAGACUCAGAUUUAAAGGGAUCAGUCAUCUGUGAGCCCAAUCCUACGACGCAGAUCGAAGAGAAAUACCGAGAAAGUGACAAGUCCAGUAAAACUGAGAGAAAUCUGAGUGGGGAAUCAGUCGAAAAAUGCCAUUCCAAUGAACAGGCCAAGAAAGAGAAAAGAAGGCCUCCAGGCACUGUGGAGUACACUGUUGGCUCUAAGGAUACCUUAAACUGCAUUGCGCUGAAGUUCAAUAUCACCCCAAAUAAACUUGUACAGCUGAACCGUCUCUUCUCUCGCAGCGUGGUUCCAGGACAGAGACUGUUUGUCCCUGAUGUGGGGCAGUCAGAGCUAACCAGUGAUCUCUCAGAUGCUGGAAACGUGGCACCAUCAGAAAAAGAUUUCCCGAAUGACAAAGCAAUGCGCAGGCUGAGACAGCGUGAACUCUCUCCCCCCUCUGAGGAUGAGAGCCCGGCCAAAUUCCUCAAGAUGAGCUGCAAGUACUUUACUGACGGCAUGGGAGUUGUUGGCGGUGUGAUGAUCGUGACCCCAAAUAACAUUAUGUUUGACCCUCAUAAGUCGGAUCCUCUAGUGAUCGAGCAUGGGUGUGAGGAGUACGGCCUCAUCUGCCCAAUGGAAGAGGUGCUGUCCGUGGCCCUGUACGAUGACGUGUCCCGCAUGCAGCUCAAGGACGCUCUGCCGUCUGACAUACCUCAGGAUCUGUGUCCAUUAUACAGGCCAGGUGAGUGGGUGGAACUUCCAUCUGAGCAGGAUCUGAACCCCUUCAGCCGCUACGAGGCCCUUGGCAAGCCCAGACGCCCUAUCGUGUUAGAUGACAUCGAGACAGAGUCUGAUUGCCCUCCUGCAGACAAAUCUCCAUCCGAUGAAGGCUUCACUGAGCUUGAGUUGUUACAGAAUGACUCAGGAACCGAGAACGGAAGCAACGAAACAUCUCGCAUCAGGCCCGAGACUGUGAACACUACCUUUCCAAGUCUGGAAGAGGCAUCCUUACAAGAUCUGAGUGAUUCUGUCGAAACGAAAAUGAGGGUGCUGGUCCUCACAGACCAGACAGUAGAGACAGUAAGGUCAUGUCAUGCAGAGCAAGUAGAGGCAAUGGAUAAAGACCUUCAUAAUCGUUCUACAGAUGAGAACACAGAGCUGGGCUUAGAGGAGGACAAAAACAGCCCACUGCACACUGGAGAUGAGCCGAGUGAAAAAGUUACUCUAGUGCAUGAGUUGAAAGAUGACGAGGGCUUAACUAAUGCCAAGUUUCUCAUUAAUGAUUCUUCACACGUGGAAGAGGUCAUAGUAGCCGAGGACCAAAAAAUAUUGGAAAGCUCUGGUGAUGUAACUGCGGAUUCUGGGAAAUGUAGUUCUUUGGGACCAAGCUUUGAAGAUGAUAAGGAGACAAUAAUGAGACCAAAUGAGCUGAGUAAGAAGGAAGAAGAUCUGCAAAACAAUGAAACUGAGAUGUCCUGGCUGAUGAAAAGGAUGCAGGGUCCAAUUGAAGAUAUGCUACUCUCUGGAGAGGAGAAAAGCAAGAAGCCACCCAUGUUCCUCUGCUUUAAAGUGGGAAAGCCCAUGAAAAAAUCCUUCGCCAUCGGUCGAACUUCUAGCCCUACUCACUUCUUCGGGAGCAGAGGGAAGCACCCAGAGUACUGGUUUGCAGUUCCUCAGGAACGGGUGGACCAUCUCUACUCGUUCUUUAUCCAGUGGUCUCCCGAUGCCUAUGGGAAAGAUGCACAGGAGCAAGGCUUCGUCGUCGUGGAGAAGGAUGAACUCAACAUGAUCGAUAACUUCUUCAGUGACCCGGUGCCCAGAAAUUGGGAGAUCAUCACCAUGAACGAAGCAAGGAGGAGGCAGAGUUUCGGUACUUUUGAAGACGAGGACCCGCUAGAUCUGUUGUCGGUUCUGUUGGACCCCAGCACGAUAUUUGAGGAUACACAUGUUGAGAAGUUAGCUGCUCGGCUCCCGGCUCGGGUUCAGGGCUACCAGUGGAGGCUGGCCUACAGCACAGUGGUGCACGGAACCAGCCUGAAGACUCUCUACAGGAACCAGGGGGAGCUGGACUGCCCCGUGCUGCUGGUCAUCAAAGACAUGAACAAUCAGGUUUUUGGAGUUUUCUCCACUCACCCAUUCAGAGUUAGUGAACACUAUUAUGGCACUGGGGAAACCUUUGUGUACACCUUCAGCCCUGAAAUUAAGGUGUUCCGCUGGACUGGUGAAAACUCCUACUUUGUAAAGGGAAACUUGGACUCUCUCCAGAUCGGAGGUGGAGGGGGUCACAUUGGUUUGUGGCUGGAUGCUGACCUGUAUCAUGGAGCCACCUGCAAAUGCGCAACCUUUAACAACCAACCACUGGCAUCGCAACAAGACUUCACUGUCCAAAAUCUGGAGGUCUGGGCCUUUGAGUGAAGUCCACAAAUGUAUCCUGAAAUACACACCCACACACACAAUCACACACACACACCUUAGCAUACCAUGCACCGUAUAUACAAAACAAACCCGAUGAGAAGUAAUAGAAAAUGCUGGAGACAUGGUUUUCUGCUGGUUAUAGUAUGUAGAAACAUUAUGGAACACUAUUCCAAAGAACGGCACUAGUUUUGACACGAGACCAAACUGUUGGUUGUGUGUUAAGCUCGUUUUAGGUUGGGAUAGAUGAUUGAGAGAGAGAAGCAGGCUUCUGUUUGUGCCUCACUUAGACUGCCUUAAUAAUGCACACCUAUCCCAGCAUGCAAUAGCAUAUACAAGCUCCGAAUAAAUAUAUAACCCUUAUCGGCUGUGACUGCAGAGCCUUAGCCAUAUUUAUCACAUUCAUGUUACAGAAUAACUCAAUUGGUUUUUCACUCUCCAACCUUCUGUGGACUUGUCAAACAGGGACCGUGAUGUUGUUUACAAAAAAGGAAAUUGAGACCAGUUUGGUUGUGAUUUAGGGGAUUUGGUGAGUCUUCGUUUGACUAAAAGCACGAGUGGCGUGAAUGAAGUACUGUAUGGAAUGCCGUCCGUGUGAAACACAUUCCAUUUGAUAAAACAGAACGAUUGUCUCGACCAAAGCGUUUUAUUUAUGCCUUUUCAUGUGAUUUUUUUUUUCCUUUUUUUUUUUAUUAUUGUUUGUGUGUUUUAAUAUUUAAAAUCUUUUAAAUUGAAAGUUAUAUCUAUGUAUUUCAUGUAUGUAUGUAUGUUUUGAGAUUUCUGUUCACUUGAGUUUUUUUGUGAAUUUCUAUGAUUUUCUAUUGUAAAGACCUUGUUUGGUCGACACUAAGCUGAAAAAACGUGCACAUGGUUGAAGUAAUGUCAGUAUUAACAUUGUGAGUUUCACUGUUGACUGUUUCACUGUGGUAGUGUUACAGGUCUCCAGGUCUAUUGCACCAAUAUAUUCUUCACAAUGCGGUCUGUGUGUAGGAGAGGGUCAAGUCAGUGCUUCAGUGAUGAAUCGUUGCGUCAUGAGUACAAGCAAGCAUCGACAGUUUACCGCUAAUUGUCCCUGCAUGCUUCCAUUAAUUGUUUGUUGGCAUUUUAACCUUCCUGGUGAUUUCAGUUUUUUUGGUCUAUUAUGCUCUACAGUUUGUUCAAAACAAAAGCUGUGAAUUAUUGGAUAAUUAACAUAAUUAAGCACUAUUUAGGUGUAUGAACUUUACUAACUUCUGCUUAUUAUACAACCUUGGAAAGGUGUGUUGUCUCCUGGUUUUGACUCUGAUGAUUUUUGACCGACUCUGAACUAACUAAAUUCGGUAAUGGUGUCUCUGUCACACGGUUGAAGGUUGGGUGGAAGGUCAUCACUAUGGUAGGGGAAUCCCUUUCUCAUCCUAACCCAGACUAACACCAGAUAUAACUGUAUUGGUGUGCUUGGUCCACUUUUAAUUAAGCUUCGUCUCCUCAACGUGAUCGUGAUUGGUCAGUCCAGUUCAAUACAGCGGUAUGUGCACUAAAAUCCUGCUAAUAUUUAAACAGCUCGCUGUGUUUAAACGUCAAACGUGAAAAGGGAAAUAAACGUGUACAAAAAAUACAUUUCACUUACAGAUGUUCCAAAGUGUUUGCUGCUUGAAUCCAAAUCAUUUCCAGUUUUUAUUUCACUUCUCUUAACCGCCGAGGGCGGUGUGGCGUGCAAACCCCGGAUGUGUGUGCUCAUACCCUGAGAUCUUCCAGUAAGGUCACUGUAUGAUGCAGUACUUGCUAUUACUUCCACCGUUGUCUUCCUCCAUCGUGCGCAUGACCGACUAAAUGAACAGGGUGGAGCUUUUUGCUUAGGAGGUUGUGUGCUUUUUUUUCUUUUCUUUUUUUUUUCUGGCCGUCCUCCAAAGCCAGGAUUAGCUUCCAUGAAUUUCUUAUCCUGGCAAAUGUGUGUUUCUUCCAUACUACAUGCACUGUAGUGGUGUUGUUUAUUACCACCCUGUCUGUUACCUUCAAAUAGCCCACAUUCCCCCUCGGUACAGCAGAUCUCCUCGCUGCGCCUCACACAUGCUAAUUUUACUGCAUUUGCAGCUUUUUGGACAGUGCAUGUUGUGGUUCUCUCUGGAAUAACCAAUAGCUUACAGGAGACGCAUGCACACCUUUGGCCUUAACAUGUAUAUCCUCCAGCAAUUUGUGAAGGUUUUAGGCUACAAGUCCAACUCCAAUAUGGCCAACCAGAUCAGGGUCCCUCUGGUCUUUUCAUCAGCCCAGCUUCCUUCUCUCUGCAGAUAUGCUGUCUCAGCAGAUUUCUCAGAAUUCUGACAUUUUAGCGACAGCUAAAUCACACCAAGUCUUAGUACUUUUAUAUAUGGGGGUAUAAUGCUUUUACUUUUCAUAGUAUUUCUUUUUGGAGCCUGGUAUGGAACUCCCCCUAGUGCUGGAGUCUAUUAAAACCCCUCAUUAUGGGUUUAUUUGUAAAUUGGGUCCAGCUUGUACUGUUAACCCACUGGGUGGUGUAGGUUGAGCUAUAGACAGGCUGAACAACCUGAACCCCCUGCUGGGACUAAGAAGUCUAACAGAAUCUUCUCGGGCUCAUAUGGAAUGAAAUCGCUACAUAAGCUACAAGUCCACGCUUCUGGUACCAUGCAUACGGUUAACCCUGUCCCUCUUGACUAUGUCUCAUCAUUGUUUAAGGUUUUUCUGUUGCUCUUGGUAGUGAUGGGACAUUACCCCGAUGCUACACCCAAACAGGGCAUCAUGGUGGCUUAGCGGUAAACACUAUUGCUUUGAACAUCCAGGGCUGGGGUUUCAAAACAUGCCUCAUAGUUUGUAUAUGCAUGGAGUUUGCAGGUUCUCCCUGUGAUUGGUCAGUUUCCUCUCACAGUCCAAAGACCUGUGACUGGCUUUUUUAAAAUUGCCCAUAAAGUAUGUGCAAUUGUGUAUGCAAUGAGUUAGUGCCCCAUUCGUGGUGUACCCUGCCCUGGCCCCUAAGUUCCCUGGGAUAGGCUCCAGUCCCCCAUUACCCUACACAGGAUAAGCAGUACAGAUAAUGGAUAGAUGGAUACAUUCCGACAGCCCCUAGUGAUUAGCAGAGGUAAAACAGAACGCUAAGGUAUAAACUACAUGAAGUUCCUCACCCAUUGUCUUCGCAAGAAGGUGCAGAUGUCUAUGUAUAUGAAUUUGUGUUUAUAGCUGAUACUACAUCAUACGUCACUACUAAAUGACCUUACUGUGAUUUCUCUGCAUGCCUGUACAGUGCACAACAUGGUAUCCAGGUGUUUCAGGUUUUCCACACCACCUCUGGCUCUUAGCAGGGGUUUACAGAGUCGUAAGUGUAAACUUGUAUGUUAUCAUCAUUGAAUGUUCUAUUUAUUGUCGCUAUGCUGAAUUGAAUUGAAUAAAUGUAAUAAAUAUAUAACAUGAGA